AUGACAGUUGAAUUAGAUGGUCGACGUAAAACUUUAUUAGAAUUAAAUUUAAAAUCAUGGGAUGGUGAAUAUCAUUAUCCAAUUGAACAUAAAUUAGAUUCUUCAUUAAAGAAAAAUACAACAUUUAUUAAAAAAAUUAAAAUAAGUUUAAAUCAGGAAUCAUAUGAUCAAAUUUUAAAAGAUAUUAAAACAAUAACAAUUGAAAAAUAUUUAUCUGAAGUUAUAACUUCAUUAGUUGAAGGUUUAUGUAAAGUUUCUAAAAAUGAUGAAAUUUUAGCAUCAAUGGAAAUUGUAUCUGCUUUACAUCAAAGAUUUGGAAAAGUUUUCACAAGUGAAUUAUUUGAUCAAAUUUUAAUAUAUAUUUUAAAUCCUCAAGAUGGAGAUGAAAUGGAUGAAAAAUUUGAAAAUUCAAGAUUAAUUAGACAAAAAAAUUUAUUAAAAUUAAUUGGAGAAUUUUAUAUAAUUGGUAUCUUUAGAACUUCAAGUGAUUUUUUAAAUGAAAUUGAACCAAAAUUUAUUAAAAUUUAUAAUUUAGAUAAAAGAAGAAAUGAACCUAUAUUAACAUUAAAUUUAAAAUAUUUAUUAAAUUUUAAUCUUGAAAAAGGAAGAACUUUAUCAAUGGUUCAAUCUUUUUUAAAAAGAUUUAAUCAUUUAAUAUUUAAUGAUAAUAAUGAUUUAAUUAAAUCAGAUACUAAACAUGUUUUAAAACAAAUUUUUAUUAUUUAUACUGAAGCAGUAAUGAAUGUUUUGGGUAAUCUUAAGAAGCAAGUACAUAGACUUGAAGUAAGGAAUAGAAAAGCAUCUAUUAGAACAGGUAGAAUAUUAGAAGAUCAACAACAAGAAUUAAUUUCAACUCAAUCUUUACUUGAUUCUUUUAAAGUUGCAGCAGAAUUUUUAUCACCACUUGUAAAUGUACCAAUCCCAGAGAAUAUAAUCUAUGAACAAGAUGAAGAAGAAGACAGUGGUAUUGAAUUAGUGAAACAAAAUACCAUAAAUGAAGAAGAAUUAAAUGGUGUUUGGGAAGAUACCAAAGAAAAAAAUUUUUAUACAGUGAUUCCACUGUUGGGAGAAUUAUUAGAUGCUUAUCAAGAUAAUAAAGGUGAUACAUCUCAAGCUUUUAAAGAUGGUGAAAAAAUUCAAGAAUUUUUAGAUAAAUUAGAAGAUGUAAGAUCAAAUAAUUUAGAACAAUUAGUUGUUGAAUUUAAUAAUUUAAAUUUAAAUAAUAAGGCAACAAAAAAUAGAAUUAUGAGAUUUUUCAUUGAAACUUCAACUUUAAAUAAUUUAAAAUAUUAUACUAGAUUUUUAAAAAUUAAUGAAUUAAAUUUAAGUGAUUUAAUUGAAGAAUUAAUUAAUUAUUUAGAUAAAGGGUUCAGAUCUCAAUUACAUCAUAAUAAAUUAAAUGUUAAAAAUAUUUUAUUUUUUGUUGAAAUGAUUAAAUUUAAAAUGAUACCAAUUCAUACAAUUUUUCAUAAGAUUAGAAAUUUAACUUUAAAUAUUACAUCAACAAAUAAUAUUGAAAUAUUAUCAGUAUUUUAUGAAAAUGUUGGUAGAUUUUUAUUAAAUGAUUCAGAAUAUAAAUCAUUAAUGAAAGAAAUGAUGGAAUUAUUAAAAGAAAAACUGAAACAAUCAUCAUUAACAGUAAAUGAAAAAUUAGCAAUAAAUAAUUUAUUAAUUACUGUUGAACCACCAGCAACAAGAGUUUUAAGUUUAAGAGAAAAUUCAAAAUUAUCUCAAAAACAACAAUUUAUAAUAAAGAUUAUACAAUCAGAAUUAAAUAUAAAGUCAUUACCUAUAGUUGCUAAACUUUUGAAAAAGGGACUUGCUGAAUUUACUGAAGAAGAAAUUCAAACUUUAUUAAAUUGUUUUUCACGUCCAGAUUUAAUUAAUUAUGAUAAUAUUCCUGCAUUAGCUAAAUUAUUAAAUUUUUUUUCAGAUAAACAUAAAAAAUUAGUAGUUAUAACAAUUGAUUCAAUAAUUGAAAAUAUUAUAAGAGGUUUAGAAUUAAAUGAUUUUAGAAUGAAUAGAUCAAGAAUGUCACAAGUUAAAUACAUUGCAGAUUUAUAUAAUUCAAAAGUUAUAAAUUUUAAAUUAAUUAAUGAUAUUUUAUAUAGAAUAUUAUGUUUUGGACAUCCAAAUAAUCAACCAUUACCUAAUAAUUGGGAUAUUUAUAUUGAUUUACCAAAUAAUUUUUUUAGAAUUCAAUUAUGUUGUUUAUUAUUAUUAUCAUUAGAUUCAAUUUUCAUUGAUACAGAUAUAACAAAAAAGAAAGCAUCAAAUAGAGCAGCGUUGAUUAAAAAACGAAAUAAUCUAAAUAAAGAUCUUUUAGGUGUAUUUAUAACUUUUUUACAAUAUUAUUUAUAUUGUAAAGAUUUACCAUAUCCAGUUGAAGUAAAUUUUAAAUUAAAUGAUGUUUUUAAUAAAUUUAAAAGUAUUCCUACUGUUAAAAGAUAUGAUACAAUACAAGAAGUUGUGAAAAGAUUAUCUGAAUCGGUUACUACUAAACAGACUGCCGAAUCUGAAUUAGAUGAGGAAGAAGAAGAGGAAGAAGAAGUUGAGUCAAGAAGAGGAGGAAAUGAAUUUUCAGAUGAAGAAGAGGACGAAGUUGAUUUGGCAGACAAUCAAUCGGACGAAGGUUCUGAUGAUGAGAAUGACGAUAACAAUUCAGGUGAAGAAUCUGAAGAAAAUGAAGAAGAAGAAGUUGAAGAUAAUGAUAGUAUUAUUUCAGAAGAAGAUCAAAUAAUAAAUGAUUUAGAAAGAAUUAGAAUUGAAGCUGAUAAAAAAUUUCAAGAAGAUUUAGAUAAAGAAUUUCAAAAAAUUAUGAAUGAAUCAUAUGGAUCAGCAUCACAACAUUCAACAUCUAUACAACAUGGUGGUAGUCAAAGACUUUCAUCUGGAUUAUCAAGAAGAAUUUUACCAGUUCCUGAAAAAUUACUUACUGCCGAAAAUGAUGAUGAAAAUUCUUUGGAAACUGAAGGUAAAGUAAAAUUUAAAUUUUUAAGUAAAAAAGAUGGUAAAAUAAAUCAAAUUAAACCAUUAAAUUUACCUCAAAAUAAUCAAUUUGCAGAAUCAGUAUUAAAAGAAAAAGAAAAUAGAAGAAAAGAUAGAGAAAGAAUUAUGCUUUUAGCAAAUAAAGAUUAUGAUUAA